GCACUCGACGUCGGUUUGCACGCCUGGAUUAUGUUCUCUGUUUUAUAGGACUGCGAAGACAUUGAUAAGAGACGAGUCGCUCCGUGGAGAUGAUUAGAAACGUCGCUGUGGGCAUAUCUGGCGGCGUCGACAGCGCCGUGGCAGCUCAGCUGAUCAAAAACAAAGGGUUUAAUGUCACCGGAGUGUUUAUGAAAAAUUGGGACAUUAAAGAUGAAACGGGAACGUGUGCCGUCGAAAGAGAUUACGAGGACGCUCGAUGGGUCUGCGACAGCUGA